AGGAAGGAGGAGAGAGAAGAGACGCCUUUGUUAAUCCGUCGUCACAGCAGAGCAGGACCGUCUGAAUCCGGUAAUUAUUAGUUCCUCUGUUAUAUACAGUGGCGGACCCACAUUGUGGGUCCUAGGACACUAUUUUUUUGUUCUUUUUUUUUUAAAAAAAAAAAUAAAAAACAAAAAUGAUUCGUGAUGUUAUUUUCUUUUUUCCCCUUUAGAUCUAUUUCACGCAGGACACAGUACUCCUUCCUCUCUCUCUCCCCCAUUGAAGCGUACUCGAAAUUCUCCAUUGAAGGGGCUUCUGAGCUUUCUCUCCUCCAUUGAAGCAGUCUUUAAGGGUUUGGUUUGUCAAGCGUACGCGAAAUUCUCAAUUGAAGCGGCUUCUGAGCUUUCUCUCCUCCAUUGAAGCAGUCUCUAAGGUGUUUUGAAGACAUGGCUAGUGUAAUUUCUGGAAAGAGAACAGUAACGCCGCUUGAACUUCAAUUUGGUGGAGCUUUUACCCUAGAUGUUUCUGAUGACGAUGAGUUGGAUGAAAUAAUAGAAUCCCAAAAGUCUCCCUCAGAAGAACAACUAAAGAAAGAGAGAAUGUGGAAUUCAAUAGAGUCGAUAGUGGAUGAUAAUAGGGUUUGGCAACAUCUUAAGCAUAUUAGAUCUGAACCAGUGAUUGAGGUUCUUUCUGUGAGGCUCCGCAACCAUAACCAAACCGACUACACUUCAGAAUCAUGGGAGCUCUAUGGUACUAUUUAUGUCCAUGAUUCUAUGGGCCGUGUGGGUAUAGGCAGUAAUCGUGUUGUAUUAUUUGAACGAGAGGAGGAAAUUGAUGACCCGGAGAUCAUCCCUUUAACUGGCGGUGCUUUAAGCCUAUUUGGGCCUCAUAGUGUGAUGUCAAUGGAUAAACCAGUUAUUGGCAUACAUCUUUCAGACAAGGUUACAGGCGAUACCCUCAUUUUUAACUAUGCUCCUUUGCUCAUGACUACUGAUACACCUCAACUACAUCAUCAGUUCGAACAAUUCCACAAAAUUACUGUUCCCGGUGCUGCCUGUAGUGCUGAGGUGGAGUACCUUGCACUUACAUUUGCUGUUUAUGCCCAUGUUGAGGUCCAACUCUUAAAACAAGUUGCGGGAAGUGUGAUCUAUGAAGAGGACGAACAAGAUCUUGAUAUUUAUGGCACAAUUUCUGCUAAAUAUAAUCUUUAUGAUUCCGAACACAAGAUUAAUUGCUUUACUCUUUUUGAUAUCAACAAGGAUUCAGAUAAGACUGAAAAGGUGAACCUUAUAUAUCCUACUAAUGGAAUCACCCUGUCCAGAUCCGUGGUUGCUGUACCCUCAUAUUCACUUCUCACAAUUCAAUUAAAAUUAUGGGAUCGUGCUAAGAACGAGUUAAUUGUAGAGGGCAGCUAUGACUUUCUAACUUCUAACUAUUCAACGGAUAAGAUCAUUGUUGGUCGAAAUUGUGUGAAUGCUAAAGUGACUAUUAAAUGGAGGGAACCAUUUCUUCUGGAUGAGCCAUGUGUCGAAUCCCAUGGAUAUCUGAACAAGAUACGCUUCCGUUUGCCGCCCAACGCACCAAAUAUCUCAGUAGAUGCUGUAGUAGAGGUGUUUUCUGUUUUUAUAGGUCGCCAAAAUGAUGAGCAGUUGAGUCUCUAUGGCAUGGUUAACUAUAACAGCACCUUUGGUCUACUUAAUCUCUUUGAAAGAGACGAGACUGAUCCCUUUAUUUUGUCCUCUGGCUGCAAUUUCUUACCUCUGAAAGGUCCCAAAAAAGCUCUAGUACCAGGGGACAGGUAUUUUGUGUCAGUAGACCUACAGGAUGUUGAAGGUCGUGUGUCGAUCAAAGGGUUAGCUCAAAGUAAUCUUCAUUAUCCUGGUCAUUUGGAUCAUUGGCAAGAUUGCCUCUUGUGUUCUGUUAUUGGGCAUGGACAAAAGAAUAGCUUUGCGGCUAUUCAUUACACACUCUUCUCUCAUGCACUGAAGGCUACGCUAAAAAUCCGUUUCCUUUUCAAUGGUGAACAGUCUGUUGAUGCUCGUUGCAAAAUUUAUGGGAAUCUUGUUGCUUGCUAUGGUAAAUAUGGGAGUAGAACGCCUUAUGAGAAAUUAUAUCAUCGGAUUUUGCUUUUUGAGAGGCCCGAAGACAAUUCGUUAGAAGUAUCAUGUAAGGAAUUUGACAUGGAGCUUUCAAGACCUGUGGUUGCUGUUCCGAUUGAUUCGUCUUUGCGUAUUGCUGUAAAUUUAAGUUGUCAAUCAAGUGGUUUUACUCAACUGUUAAGGGCACAAGGGAAUUUCAAGUUGUUAAUGGUGUUGGUAAUAGUGUGACCAUUGAAGGAGAUCAAAUUGGCAUCAAUAUCACUAUUGAAUGGAGUCAACCAUUUUGAGACCCGUUGGGAAUCUCAAUAUCACAUUAAGGUGGAUGAUUCUUCCUUUUUUCUGUUUACUUGAUUAACAUUUUUAAAAUGAAAUGUUAUAUUAUUUGUUUCAUAGUCUCAUACUAUAUUUGGUAAGCUAUUAGUAGACAAAUUCUCUAAGUUAUCCUUAUAAAGUAUAUGUGAAGAUAGCGGGUACAUACCCGUUAUGUAUGAGCCUCAUA